UACGUCUCAGUCGUCCGUCUGGAGUCGCGCCGGCCGGCCGGGCCGCGCGGCGUAAUACACGUUCCUCGUGCUCUUGUGAUUAUAAAUUUUAAUAAUACAAAAUUCCAAAAAGUAAUAAUUAAAAAAAAAAUUAACCGCGUCUAAUCGAAAAUAUUUUUAGGCUAAAUUCCCUCGACCCUAAAUUUUUUGACCUAAACUGUUGGCAGUGGAAAAGUUUUUUGCGAAAUUUUUAAUAUUUACGUCGGUUACAUUUGUAAAGAGAUUAAAACUUUUGGCCGUUGAUGAGAAUAUUUUUAUUUGAAAUUUUAUUUUUCUUAACUAACGAGCGAUCUUGAGUGAGCGAUUGAUGAGUAAAUAAUAAUUAAUGUUAAGCGUUAUAUUAAUAUUUAAGAAAUUGAUAAUAAUUGAGCUAGACUGCUGACUGCCCACAAAUAUUGUCAGUCGUGCUAAGUUUCAAGAUAUUUGGACUAUACUUGUGAUUAUUCGGACGUACAAACUUUUGUGUGAUUCAAUCUCCUGAACUCUUCCCCCGGACCAAGACUUCUUUACCAUCUCCAAGCAAAACAUCCAAUACUCUGGGUGACAUCUUUAGCCAUAUUUUAGAUCAAACGCAGGCUACGGGCAAAUUUCGCAGCGGAUAAGAUUUCAAAAUCAUAUUAAUGAGCGGGCGAUGCGGCGCAAGUAGCGCGGUGGGGUCCUACCCGCCGCCCGCUCGGCCAAUCGUGGCCCGUCUUGCCUAUGAUGUCAUCGGAAGAGGAGGCCGACUCGUCGUACUCGGAUAAACUGCUUAGGAAACAGAAGCGCGCCAGACAGCGCGUGGACGCCGGUGAGCCGCGCAAUUCUUACUCGACUCUUACGACGAACGGACUCGCGCCCGCGCGCGCCGCACACAUGAGUGGUGGACUUUACGGCGCCAUCUUCGAGGGCCGCCAACACUUCGGCCUCUUCGGCCCUGGCUACCCUCCAGCUGAAAUGAUUAACGAACUACUUGGACGAACGCCCAAGCAGGAGGAUGCUGGUGAUGAAACCACUGGCGGUGAUAUUGCGCACCGAGUGCUGCGCGAUAUCCUACAAAGCCGCAAGAAGGACCUCCUGCGCCUCUCCCCGGACAAUAACAAUGUGCUCGCCAACAACAACAACGACGAGCCCAAGAUAAAGAUGUCUCCGGAGCGACCACAGUCUCGCGACUCCCGACCAGACCUGGAUGAUGCGCUGCUGGCGCUCGACAGUGCCGGUGAAUCGCGAACUUCACCAUCGCCCGCGCAUCCCUCGCAAGGGUCCGAGCCCUUGCUCGCACCCAAGUCUGAACCUGAAGAUCGUGACAGUGAUGCUCAACGUUCCUCGCCGCGACCGUUAGAUGUGAAACGUGCCCGUGUUGAAAACAUAGUGUCGACUAUGCGGUCUAGUCCCGCGCCUCAGCCGCCACAAGUGAAUGGUUGCAAGAAACGGAAACUGUAUCAUCCGCAGCAGCACGACGGCGCACACGAGCGCUACGGAACGAGCCACAGCAGCAGUGCACAGACAGUGUCAGACGACUCGGAGGACGACGGCGACAGACCGCCACCCAUCGAAAGAAAGUUAGUAGAAAAGAAUGCUCUUAAAUCACAACUUAGAACUAUGCAAGAACAACUUGCAGAAAUGCAAGAAAAAUAUAUGCAAUUGUGUAAUCGUAUGGGACAAGAAUCCGAAACGAAUGAUAAUGAUGGUGCUUCUAGUGACGUAGAACAAAACGACGACCCGCUGCCCAAGUCGGAGCCAGCGUCGCCAGCCAAGGAGGUGCCACCCCCGAUACCCAACAGUGUAGCGCCGAAUAUGCUCUCACAAGUAAUGAGCAAAAUGAUGUCAGCGAAGAUGCACGCGCACGCUGUGGGCCACCCGCACCUGCCGCCAGGCUUCAACGGCGCGCUGCCCAUGAUGCCACAUCUACCUCCAGAGCACAUGCACGCGCCGCACCCGCACCAACACCUCAACAACGCGGCCGCCAUGUACCUGAACGUCAGCCAGAAAUUGUUCCUAGAGCAAGAGGCGCGCAUGAAAGAAGCCGCGGAACAACAACAACAGCAGCAUCAACAACAACAGCAGCAGCAACAACAACAACAAAACAAACAGCAGCAGAGGCCACAGUCCAACCAACACUCGCCACAGCAGCGACAACUUGGACCGACGCCAAAGCCGCCCUUAUCCUCAGAGCUGGCAGAACGACUAGACGCACUCCGUAGUAACGCGGGCUCAGUGGGCCCCGUCUCGGGGGCAGACCUUGAAGGACUCGCUGAAGUACUAAAAAGUGAAAUCACGGCGUCACUCGCAAGUCUCAUCGACUCAAUAGUGACACGCUUCAUGCACCAGCGGCGAAUCAUGGGAAAGCAGUCGGAAGCGGCAGCAGCGGCGGCCGAGCAGCUCAAUAAAGACAUCAUGAUAGCGACGCAGAUACUCGACCGCAAAUCACCGCCGUCGAAGCCGCCGCCGAGGCCAUCAGGGCAAAUGUCAGGUAACCAACCCGUCCAUCACCCGGGCGCGCCUAAUGGCGUCCCCUCGUUUCUGACACAUAACCCAAUGAUGAUGAGCCAGAUGAACGGCCCCCGCGCGCCGAGCGGUGGCGCAUUCUCAAUGCACGCCGAGGCGAGCGGGCCGGGCCACGGUGCUCACAUACGGCCUCCCACAGGCAUGUUCCAGACGCCGCCGAAACCGCUAGGACAGCUCUACAUGAACGGCCACUUCGACCGUGAACCCAACCCCGAACAAAACGAGGCCCUGAGUCUAGUCGUCACGCCCAAGAAAAAGAGGCAUAAGGUAACAGACACAAGGAUAACGCCCAGAACUGUCAGCCGUAUCCUAGGGGAAGGUGUGGGCCAGUCGCCCGAGAGCAAGUUCCCAGAAUCGCCGUCGCCACGGCCGUACCCAGGAGGCAUGGCAGGUUUACCCACACCUGUAGCCAUUCCCAACCCAGCGCUGCACGAGAGCCAGGUGUUCUCGCCCUACUCGCCGUUCUUCGGCGCGGGGGGCGGGCUGGCGCGGUCGCCCCCGGCAGCCCCGGAGCGCGAGUCUCCGCCGCUGCCGCACGCGCCCGCGCUGCUGCACCCCGCGCUGCUGGCGCACCACGCCUCGCCCGACUACCUGCGCCACCACCACGCCAACGUGGCGCACCACGCGGGCCCGCCGCACCACCCGCUCAUGGACGCGCAGGACCCGCACUCCGACUGCAACUCCACCGACCUGCCCUACGACGGAGUUCAGCCUACUUCCUCAACGCUGACGCCGAUGCACCUUCGCAAAGCCAAGCUGAUGUUCUUCUGGGUCCGGUACCCAAGCUCAGCGGUCCUCAAGAUGUACUUCCCAGAUAUCAAGUUCAAUAAGAACAACACAGCACAACUCGUCAAGUGGUUCUCUAAUUUCCGGGAGUUCUACUACAUCCAGAUGGAGAAGUAUGCGCGACAGGCCAUCAGUGAAGGCCUGAAGACAGCGGAGGACCUGCACGUGGCAGGCGACUCCGAGCUGUACAGGGUGCUCAACUUGCAUUACAACAGGAACAACCACAUUGAGGUUCCACCAAACUUCAGAUACGUGGUUGAACAGACACUACGAGAGUUCUUCCGCGCCAUCCAAGGCGGUAAGGACGCGGAACAGAGCUGGAAGAAGUCUAUCUAUAAGGUGAUCUCGCGACUGGACGAUCCAGUGCCCGAGUACUUCAAAUCGCCGAACUUUCUCGAGCAGUUGGAGUGAGCGCGAAAUCGACGCGACGCACAUUGUUUCGGCAAAAAACUAAAUUAUAUUUAAAAAAACAAAUCAUUGGACGAUUGUUUCGCACACCAAAAUUUUACGACACUCGCAUUUAGGCCUUCAGAUUCAAAAUUAUUGAUAAAAAAAGUUAAAUUAAAUUAUUAAAAAGAAAUUUUGGAUUUGUACGUUGGACGUCGAGUGGCGCGGUGACCGCCGCGCCACGCACUGCGCUCUACUAGGAAAUUCAUUAGGUUAUACGAGUAAGAGAAAAUUUAAGUCACCUAGAAUUUUAUUUCUGCACAUAAUAUAUUUCGCUAUAUAUAAUUAUUAUUAUAUUAUUAUUAAGUAUUAUCUUAAAUGGUUUUUAUAGUUGUGUAUAUCUUAAAUCAUUUAUUGAUUUAUUCUUUAAGGAAAAAAACGAUUAAUAUAUUAACUGCUUAAGUUUUGAAUUUUUGUUGUUUUUAUUUUUUGUUUUUCCUUUUGUUUCCUUGUCCUUUGGAGCAUGUUCUGUUGGUUUCUCCCUGGUAGAAGUUUGUGUUGAGGCUCGCCACGUGCGGCCGGAAAUUGUCAACCUUUACCUCGUCAUACUUAUUUUAGGAGUAAUUAAUUAAAGUUAACCAUAGUCAUUAGUACAAUAGAGCAGGGUUAUUUUUCGAUCCACAAACAAAGAAUUUAAAGAUUAUUUUUAUACUGAUAGCCGGUUUUAUGUUCAUGCAGAGAAUUUAUCAAUAGAAUAACUAUAAUGAAGACACAAAAUUCGAAAACAUUACACAUCUUAAGUGACGAUUAAUGUAAACAUCCUUGUUUGUAUUUCCAAUAUUUCGGCAAUGUUCGGGUCGCAAGUUCAGUUUGGUCCGGAGUGUCGCUCCGGAUUAGGAUUAAGUUUAUUUGUUAGAUAAUACUACUUCCGAAACUAUGCGCGGGCUCCCAAACACGCGAGUGCGGCGCCUCACUCUACAAGUUAAUAAGGCAUUAUUUUAUCUACUAUUACCCAUACUCAUACACAAUAUACACAUAUACCCGAUAAUGAUAAGGCAACUACUUCUUUUUCUUUCAACAAUAAUAUUUCAUUUUUUGACUACGACUACGAUGAUUUACCCCACAGUGAGCGCCGUACUCGGCAGGCGGGCGCUCGGCGGCGGCUAUCAAGCACAUAGACAUUUGACCCACAUCCAAACAGCAGCAAUAGUUGAAGUAACACAAGACAAUAGAUCUAAAAAUCUCAAAUUAAAAAUUCAUCCAAAUUCUCAAAAUUUCAGAUACCUUAUUUGGCUUCCAACAGUUGAACCCUUUCGCACUGGGCCACAUCGUCCGAACAGAAGUGCCUUCAGAAAAAAAUAUUGAUUUUUUACGUAAAAAAAAAACUAAAAAUAAGAAAUUAAUUACAAAGGGCCCUCAAUAGACCUGCCGCCCAACCGGAGCCGCCGCAGAGCGCCCGCGCCCCGCCGCCCGCGCAUACACCAGUUCGCCCGUAUCGAACGAUCAGUAUACAUACACACUUACUAUUAUACUAUAGAAGAAUAAUUAGUUUGAUUCGUAGAUAAUAUGUAGCGCGACGAGCUCGACUCUUGUUCCCUGACCACAGGCGAGAGAGACAGGCUGUAGGCUGUAGACACGAGACACUGCGCGAGCAGUGGGAGUGAGGACGAGUUCCGCGGGUCAGGAAGCAAGCUCGAGCGGGCUCGCAAUCUCGAUGUAUUUGUUAUAUCAUGUAGUUGCCGGCCGGCAGCCCGCCACGCGGUCACUCUUUCAGUUCCCAUCCUCAGUUGACAGAAACAAACAGAUAUACAGAUAAUUUCGCUUCUCAAAUAGUUAUAACACGAUAAGAUAGAUAGUUGUACAGAAAUGUAUAGCCAUUUGUACAUAUAACGAUAGUUUUAAUACAGAUGAGAUAAUAUCGAGUAACUAUCUUAGCGUUAAUGGUAUUUAAUUAAGUGACAAUAGAAACUGGAAAUACUCUAUUGUGUUGCAUAAUGUACAGAAUGUUUAUACCAUCCUAAUUUGUAUGUAAGUAACCGCGCGUGAGGUCGGCCGGCCCUAGCUAAGCAAGUAAGCAUAUUUCAUUUGAUAUUACACGUUUGUUAUCGUUUCAUUUGUAACCAUUUUGAACUAUUACGAUAAUAUAAGAGUACCUCAGUUUAGGAUGGACCAGGCGUCGACUGGUGUGCUUAGUAGCUCAGGUUAGGUGACAGUUAGAGAUACACAAGUUUUUGAGACAUCGACACAUAGAUAAACACGCAGCCUCCCCCCUUGUUCGGAAGACCGGUUUUUAUUUCUAAAUUAGUCCCCCCGACGUGUUCCACGUCUCCACAGCACCUCUCAGACAAUAGCCCGGGUUUAGUUUCCACGAUUCGCGCCAGUACGUCAGGUACUCAGUCGUCGCUGGGCUUAUUCGAGAUCGAGCAACGUCCCGUGUUACGUUUACGAUUGUAUUUUGUUACAAGUUGUUUGUUUCUCCGUAACAUAGGCACUGCCGCUUUACAGCUGACUAGUGAACGAAGCUGAAUUGAGUAACGGAAUUGAUGACUUGCUCCCUAUAGCAGUAGAUUCAGUAAGAGCUAGCAGUUUGGUAGUAUCGAGUGGUAGUCACGGAGGACUCGUCAGCUCUAAAGCGACAUUUACCAAUUAAUUCCUUGUAUAGUAAGUAAUAAAUUCGUUAUUCCGAUCUUUCCAUAGAUUUCUUCAUAUCUAAUAGAAGUGUUACGCAGGCUACACACACAUAUUACAAUAGAAAUGUAUUGGUUUCCUAUCAACAGUUAUCAACCGACAUGCCGUUAUUUGCAGAUACUUGGAGCCGUAUUAAAUGUUUUACAAUAUUGUUUCAAGGUCAAAACUCAAUAUUAUGUACUUUUUAUUAAUUUUUAAUUAACAAUUUUUGUCCGGAUUUUAUACUUGAGUGACUCACUGUGCAAUAUAACAAGACCACAAUGGAUAUAACAUGCGAUCGAGCCGAUUUUUUAAAAUUUAUUCGAUGUUCAAUUAUUUGUAAGUUAUCGGUUGACAAUUUUUCUAAAUUUAAUAAAAAAAAAUUAAGACUCAAGUUUGAAACAUCGAAAUAUUUAGUCCACAGUGAUCAUGGGGGCUAAUCCCACAGAAAAAGUACAAAAUUCGGUGUUGACUUUAAAUCUCAUGUUUGUAUCUAUAUAUAAUAAUGAUAUGUAUGUAGAUUUAUUGAAAUUGCCCGUUUCGGCGUCAUUUCUCAUUGUUUUCAUAAUAUUAUUUAUCUAGAUAAUAGUUUAUUUAUGUUUGACUAAAAUGUACUAAUCUAAAGUUUUUGCUUUACACAUUUAGUAUUUUGGAAUCCGUCUACGAAAAUGUUUGGAUUAACAAUGUAAAAUGAAAUAAAUAUUGUAAUUAUUUUCAAAAUUAAUUAUAAAUAAAAAAAAAACAAUAUAUGUAGAAAGUAUUCGGUUUCACGUUUGGGUAUUAUGGUUCCUAAAUUUUCGAAAUUGUAAUAGACUCUAUUGUAUGUAGCGUUUCAUUUUUUGGAGGUUAGGACAUUUAGAUGUACCAAAUAGCUGUAUCAACUUUUCUAUACGUGAAAAAAUCAAUAAGGAAAAUUGCUGAAGUUUAGGUAGUUAUGGAAAUAAGUAUCAUUCUUAAUAAUAUAUAUGGAUAUAUAUGUAUAUUAUCUCAUAAAAAUGACAAAAAUUGAGCACGGAUAUACUAUUAGGAUGUCUUGAAACAAAUACUGCCGACGCUUAUCAAUAAAAUUUAGUGAGAUAAGCUCGAAUGCCCAAUGUAUUAGUAUGUGAACGCUCGCCCACCACUCGGGCCUCGGCGUUCACUGUUUUAUAUUCGAGGUAAACCAUACUGUAGUGGGAUUGAAACAAUAUUUUAAAUAUCCUUGUGGUCUUCAUUGGUAACAGCGAUACACGUUCAGUUCUGUAUUGUGUGUUCGUACUUAAUGUGUUAAUUUAGUUUGGUGAGCCACAGUCCAUAAUGUGGCGACAUUUUUAUAAUAUAUUUGUAAACUAUAGCGAGCGGACGCGGACGCCAGUGAUAAAAUUAGAGACAAAAUUUAAAAAAAAUACAAAAUUAUUUUUGAUAGUGACGCAAUAUUUUUUGUUCACAUCACGACCGAUCUCGGCCCACUAUGGUCGUGCACUGGACAAAAGGUGAUGUGCCAUUAAUAAAAUUGAAAUUUGACUAGUGUUUAGGCGUCAUUUCGGUAUCCUCGCAUUUCGGCUAAGUGUUAAGUGCCCGCGUCCGCUUGUUUUGAUAUAUUUAGUACAAAUUUCAUGAUGUUAAGGUAACGAGGCUCAAAGCUUUUCUUUUGUGGCGCCCGCGCACCCGCCCCCGGUACGCGCCUACGAUAUUAAUGAGUCGUGUAUAAAAUUUUAUUCAAAAAGAGUAUUUUUGUAUUGAAUAUUUCUAAAGUUGGUGUAAUGGUCAAAAUUCAUAAAUUAUAGCGAUGACAAAAAGGGACAUUAGGUAAAUUUAGAAUGUCAUGCGUUUUUUGUAUUUAAUUUUAAGAAUAGCGUCGGAUAUAAAACGUUUAGGAGCAUUAACCAUUUGUAAAUAAAAAGUUGAACGGCGCGGCUGAGGGGCGGCGGCGCGGCCGGCCAGUUAUAUAGGUAAAAAAAUAUAUAAAUAACUCAAAGAUGUUUAUAUGGUUCUGGAUGUAAAAAAGAUAAAUUUAAAGCAAUUUUAAGGUGAAAAAAAAUGUGGAAAAAAUUGUAAACUUCGGUACUUAUUUGUGUUAGAAUGGCUGAUAGCGGGUCACUAUUGUAAUCUGUGGGCCUCAGACAAGUUGUAAAACCUAAUGUCAGGAAAGUAACCUAACCUAACUACGCAUUAAUUAUUACGGUUCUUAAUACUACAACAAUACUUAUACAUUAAUAUAAUAUCACAUUGUCAUAAUGCUUAUUAUUUACGAGCGUGUGUCUUUGUCCGUGAAUGUUUUAGGACCUAACCACUGUUCGAUGUGCUAGACAUAAAGUGGACAUUUUUGUGAAUGGAAAAUGUAAUGAGAAAUUAUCAAAAUUGAGUGUUCCGACUGCGGUCGGUCGCUCGUUGCAAAUUCAGUUUGUUUAUUGGCAAAAAAUUGGCGGUUUAUAAUGUCUGUUGAUCAAAAUUUUAUCAAAAUUAUUGAAUGGAAGUUAGAACCUACGGUGAAACAUAAGUCGUAUCUCUACUAGAAAUGUCAGCAUGGAGACUUGUUGACACCAGUGAGGGAUGUUUCUUCGUGAAUAUAACGAGUAAUAAAGCUAAGCUUUUAUUUGAAA